UCCCGCAGAAGUGCUGAGAAGGGCUCGGCGCGAGGCGGAGGUCACCCCUGGGGCUGCGCACGGCCAUGGCCCUGUGGGGGCCAGCUCUGGCCAUGCUCCUGGCUCUUCCAUCCCUCCUGUGUGUGCAGGAUCCCGCACUGUCCAGUUCCAGCAAAGUGGAAGGAGGCAAGAGUCCAGAGAAGUGCAGGAAGGAGGGCAGCUGGACCGCGAAGGUAACAUUUGACUCUGAAGAGAUGGAGUUUCCAGUGAAUGCGACGGUGGCCGUGACGUGCAACAAGGGAACUGACCCCGGGCCGUUCAAUGCAACGUGCAAUAUGACAAAGGAUUACGGUGCAGCCUGGGACAUCAGUCGUGUCAAGUGUCUCCGGAUGUGCAACACCUGGGCCAAACAGGUCGACUUCAGCUCUGCCCAGGAAGAGUUUGGUGUUGAAGCCACAGUUUGGGUGAGCUGCCAAGAGCCUUUCGAGCAGAAGGUGUUCAGCAUCACUUGCAAAGAGAUGAAGUCUGGGAAAUUUGAGUGGGACUUUUCUAAGAAUAAAUGCAUCCGGAGAUGUAAACUUCCAAAGACCUGGCGGGCCAGACCAGCGUUUUCUCCCGACAGGCAGUUCUACAGCAGAGGGGAACAAGUGGUCCUGAGCUGCCCUCAGGGCUAUCGGCCACAGCCCUCUGAGAUCAGCUGCAUUCCAAACGGGACCCAGAAUAUGUGGAGUGAGACUCCCAGCUGCCAGGGGUUUUGUACGAAGGGUGGGAACUGGCCCCCGUCUGUCUCUGCUGCCCCCUCGCAGACAGAUUUCGCAGUGGGCCAGCAGGUGCUGGUGUCCUGUCUCCAAGAUCGGUUUGAGGAGGGCUCAUUCCCGAUGACGUGCGUGGAGCAGAAUGGGCGUGUGGAGUGGGACACGAGCCACGUGAACUGCACUGAAAAGUGCCAGAAACCCACCGGAGACCCAUAUCUGCGCUUUGCCCCAGACAAGCUGUACUAUGCCAGGGAGGAGCUGGUGACUCUGAGCUGCCCAAAGGAUCAUGAGCCCUCGCAGCCCAUGAUCCGAUGCCUCUGGAAUGGGAGCCACAGUGUGUGGAGCGAGGCGGCCACCUGCCAGAGAAAGUGCCAGGAACCAGACACCUGGAACAGAGGGGCUGAGUUCACGCCAAAACAGUCAUCCUACAACCCAGGCGAUGUGGUGAUGUGGAGCUGCAAGGAGGGCUAUUGGCCCUCAGUGCCCCAGAGCACCUGCACAAAGUUGGGGACCUGGAGUGAGACUGUCUAUUGUGUGGGUGAGUUUGAGACCCGAGUCAUGGGGCUCCCAGGGGUCUGGGGUCCUGCAUCUUGGCCCUUGCUGCACCUGGGCUUCCCUCUCACCCACCUUUCUCCACGCACAAGCCCUGGGCAUCUUCACUGACAUCUCAGCCUCUGCUGUGGUUUGGGGGUGCCCUGGUUUGUGCCCCACAUCCAGGAUCCAGGCUCCCUCUCCGGGUAACACUGGGGCCAAGGACAGUUA